ACCGGGGCGCGGCGCCGCCGUGCGUGCGUGCGUGCGCGCUGCCACCUUUUCGCGCCAGAGGAGGGCACAGUUACUUCGCGCUUCGAAUGGCGUCAGCGGUCUCUAGGCAACAGGCCAGUUGUCAGUUAGUCAGUCAGAUUUCUCAAUCAGAGCGGAGAGCGGCGGCAGCGGCGUCGGUCAUGGCCCUCUCAAGGAUCCGGUGCACAUUUUUCCGGUUCACCGUGAGCAGCAUGUGAACACACAGCUCGGUGUCGUGCUGAAGAACAGAACCGGACACCCGGUACCGACCGAACCGGACGCAUUAACGCGGAUCCCGACUCGAACGCGACGCGAAGGUGUUCUCUGAGUGACUUUUACGCGCCGAUUUAAUUUGGCUAACGUUAGUUGUAGCUCUUAGUUUCACAUGUCAUCGUUGAAAUAUUUUAAAAAUGCUUUAGAUUUUAUCCGUGACUUUGAUUUUAAGAGACAAUUACUGUCCCACCGUCAAACUGUGGAGAAAAUCUGACUUUGAACUUCAUACUUUAUAACACGACGACUUUCCCUCAGAAAAAAUGCUGAAAUUUCAUAAUUCGGAUCUGUGGAUUGCUUGGCUGGUCUUCUUUUGUGUGAAUGUGUGUGUGCGUGCGCUGGAAGUGACGGUGAGUCAGAGCAGCGUUCAGGUGGCCAGAGGUCAGGCGGCCGUCCUGCCGUGUACAUUCACCACCAGCGCCGCCCUCAAUAAUCUCUACAUCAUAUGGAUGGUCACGCCGCUGGCCAACGCCAACCAGCCAGAGCAGGUGAUCAUCUAUCAGGGCGGGCAGGUCUUCAGUUUAGCCAAUCACAUGAACGGGCGCGUGGGCUUCGUCUCCACCAUGCCCAGCACAAGUGCCUCGAUCUUCAUCAAUAACACGCAGCUGUCAGACACGGGGACGUACCAGUGCCUGGUCAACAACCUGCCUGACCGCGGGGGGCGCAAUAUCGGCGUCAUCGGCCUCACUGUGCUGGUUCCUCCGUCCAUCCCGUCCUGUCGGAUUCAGGGUUCGCUGGACGUGGGCAGUGAUGUGAUGCUGUUGUGUGGUUCGGACGAGGGCAUCCCGACGCCCACCUACGCCUGGGAGAAGCUGGAGUCCGUGCCCAAACUGCCCCACAAUGCCAUGCAAGAUCAGAUGCAGGGUACGGUCACGCUGAGGAACAUCAGCACCAGCACAUCUGGACUGUAUCAGUGCACGGCCUCAAACGCUAUCGGAAAGAGCACCUGCGUCCUCAACCUGCAGGUCGUGGCACCGCAGCCUCAGAGCGUCGGUCUGAUCGCAGGAACCAUCGCCACCGGCAUCCUGGCGCUCAUCAUCUGCUCUUUACUGGUGCUCGUCACGCUCUUCUACUGGAGAAACAAGAACAGAUACGAGGAGGAGGAGAUUCCCAACGAGAUCAGAGAGGACGAUCUCCCUCCGAAGAGGUCCUCGUCGGUCAAAGCGUUCCAAGCGGACGCCUCGUCUUCAGAGAACGACACGCUGACGUCCACCAACACCUACAACAGCCGCUACUGGCACAACCCCAAACCCACCUACGACAGCAGCUCCUACACGCGCUACAACGGCGACACGCGGCAGACCUUCAGCGCGCCGUACGCUAACGGCAGCCACACCCUGCCGCCGCCCAAGACUCUGGUGGUCACCACAAACUCCGCCCCCUCUCCACCCGUCAUGGCCCGCAGUAACGGCUCCCUGAGCCUCCGCCCGCCGGCCGCCGCGACGCCAGCCGUGACGCUCGGACAGCAGCACACACACACACACUCGUACGCCGUGAGCCAGGCCACGCUGGAGCGCAUGGGUGCCGUUCCCGUCAUGGUGCCGGCGCAGAGCAAAGCUGGUUCACUCGUCUGACGCCACAAAACUCUUUUAUAACCGAGUUCAGCUGAUGCCAACUAAAACUGCUCUGCGUCCUGCGGUGAUUUUCAUAUUGCCUGUUUGCUUGUUUCUUUCUUCAUUUUUUAAGUGGAUAAACUGGCUUUGCUGCAAGGGCCCCAAAAUCACGUGUUUCUCAACCCCUUCACUUCUUCCAGAGAAAAUAUCUGAAUGUGCAUGAUGCUUCGUUUGAUUCAGAUACAGCUUACUGCUUUCUAACACUGGAAUCAAAGAGUUACAGCGUGCCCAAAAUGAUUACAACACUAGUAUUUCCACCAGAUAAUCAAAUCAGAUAUUUCUAUCUCAUGCUGUCGUGUGUCAGCAGGAAAUAUCAGUUCACAUUUCCAAACAUUCAUUUAGCCAUUAAUUGUAAUAAUGCAGUGAGAUGUGCUGCACACAGAGAUGUGAUCUGAUCAUCAUCAGUCUGUCUGGAGUCACAUGAAGAAACAGAACAAACUGAGACAGACUAAGACUAAGGCUAAGCUGCCAGCGUCUGUUUUACAUUAUAAUUCAAAAAAGUCCCCGGGUGCUUUUUAAAAACGCCACCACUGGCGUCUUUUUCUGCAGCUCAGAGCGUCUUUUCAAGUUGAAAAAAGUUAUUUUCGGAAAAAAGGCCCUACGUCAAGCGCCUUUUUGACAGCUGACCAAUGACAAGUGAUUAGAACGCUUAUGAACGCUUCUUUAUCAGAUCAAAUGAAAAUGCCAUCGACACUUUUCU